UUCUUUUCGUUCGCGGAGCGGUAAAAGCCCUCACGCCUCUCUCUCUAUAUCCCUUUGAGAUUCAUCUCUCUCUCUCUCUCUCUGUCUCUCAGAUUCACCUCGCGCGUGAUCCAUUGCAGGUAUGGAGAAUGCGUGGCUAUGUGCCUUGUGCUACAAUGUGUGAUAGAUGCAAAGCAGUAUAGUGACAUGUCCUAUGAUAAUUACUGUACAAGUGGUGGGGUUCUGUAGAGAUCAUGGAGAUUCAAACAUCUGGAAAACCCAUCGAUUCUUUGCUAGAAAAGGUCCUUUGCAUGAACAUUCUUUCUUCUGAUUAUUUUAAAGAGCUUUACAGAUUGAAGACCUAUCAUGAAGUUAUUGAUGAGAUAUAUAAUCAAGUUGAUCAUGUGGAGCCUUGGAUGACUGGAAACUGUAGAGGCCCUUCUACAGCAUUUUGUCUUCUUUACAAGUUUUUCACCAUGAAACUCACCGUUAAACAAAUGCAUGGUCUGUUGAAGCAUCCUGAUUCUCCAUACAUCAGAGCUAUUGGUUUCCUCUACCUGCGUUAUGCUGCAGAGCCAAAGACCUUAUGGGGUUGGUUUGAGCCCUAUGUCAAAGAUGAAGAGGAAUUUUCUCCGGGGUCAAAUGGUCGAAUGACGACAAUGGGAGUCUAUGUGCGUGAUCUGCUUCUUGGACAGUACUACUUCGACACCCUCUUUCCCCGCACCCCAGUCCCCAUCAUGCGCCAAAUAGUGGCCCACCUGGAGAGGCUCAAGCUCCCCACAAAGCACUUGGGGGUAACUGGUGAAUCACACCGCCAUGGCUCUGAUGACACUGCACGAAGGCCCCCAUCUGUGAAAGCAGCUCUCUCUGUCUCUUUUGGUCAACGCGCCCCACAUCGAGCCUCAACCCGUGACUCCUCGCCAGUUCGCCGAACGUUACCCCCACCGCGAGAUCGGAAUGAAAGCGAUCGAGACCGAGAUCGAAGGCAUGGGAAUGAUGACCGAGACAAUAGAGACUUGUACAAGUCGAGGCACCUAGAGAGAGAAAGUGACCGGCGUGACUACGAGAGGACCAGCCGAGACCAAGACAGGGAUAGAGAUAGAGAGAGAGACAGGGAUAGAAUUAGAGAUAGAGAGAAGGAUAGGGAUUCCGACAGAGAGAGGGACAGAGAUAGAGAUAGAGAGAGAGGUAGCGAUAGAAAGAGAGAAAGGGAUCGAGGGAGGGAUAGAGACAGGGAGAGGGAUUCGAGGACUCGAAGGAGUAGGAGCAGGAGCAGGAGCAGAAGUAGGAGUACGAGUCGGAGCCUGCAGGCUCCAUCGGAUAUGCGCUCGAGUCCAUUUGGAGAAGCCCCAAAAGAUAAGGCACCCAUGUCAAGCAACCUCGCAAGGUUAAAGGACUUAUAUGGGGAUGCAACUGAUAAGCGCAGUGAUGCGGGCUUUGGCCGCGCACUGAAGGAUAGCAGCACUGAGGAUGUCAUCAAGCUUGGAGGUGGUAGUUGGAAGUAGCGAGAAAUAGAUUUGUGUAUCAGCGUUCAAUUGUUGUGGGGAGAGAGGAGCCUCAGCAAUAUCAAACUUGGACUUCUGAAGUAGAGAGCAAUUGUGAUGAAGAGUGGGCUGUGUUUCUAUGACAGUGUUGAGGUUGUUUAGAGAGAGAGAAAGAGAGGGGUAUAAUUGGAGUCACCCGAAGUGGAGAAAAUCAGCUCAUUUAUUUGAGCAUAUCAUGGAAGAAUUAGAAGAAACACAUUUUUGUUCACAUGCAUGCUUGUAAUUUAGACAUGGAAAUCUCUGUGAUUUCCUUUUUCGCAUUCUAUUGUUGAACUUGUAGAAUCUUAAAUCAGGAGAUACCAUGGAAACUCCUUUAAAAUCUUUUUCGAAUACUUUACUGAAUGUGUUAUGCCAUGUGACUAUGUCAGGCAGAUAUUUGCUGUCAUCCUUGAGUGUUAUGCCAUGUCACUAUGUGAGGCAGAUAUUUAUCGUCAUCCUUUAGCUGAGGAUUGGAUUUCCCUUUAAA